UCGAGUCAAGUCGCCGGCUUUCUCGGCCAUAUUUUUUGCAUGAUCAUGGGGAAAUUCGUCGUCUCCCUGUCUCUAUUGCUGGGCUAAUGAUCCGGGAAAUCCCCAAUAAGUAUGUCAUGAUAAUUAAUCAUCUUUUGAUUAUGAAGUCUAUUCACCUAGGUAGCUUAGCAGGGGGGAUGGUGGAAUUCUUCAGAAAGCGAAGUAUAUAAGGAGGGCAGAUCUCUCCUUUUUCGAACCAAACGAAAUCAUCUCGACAUCUUUUCACAAUGUUUCGUCUUACUUCUCUAGCUGGUGCCCUUCUGGUAGCAGUAUCUAAUGCUGCAUCAUCUGUUCCUACCGCUGUUCCCACCGAUGCACCUAUCCCCGGUGAUUAUACCGGCGCAUUAAGACCUCAGAUUCAUUACUCGCCACCUAAAGAUUUUAUGAAUGAUCCAAACGGACUGUUCAGGGAUGCAGAUGGAGUUUAUCACGUCUACUAUCAAUGUAAGUAAUACCUAGACCCACAACGUUAUUCUUCGACCAUAGCCAACAUUCUUUUAGACAACCCAACGGCAACUGUAGCAGGAAACCAACAUUGGGGUCAUGCAACAUCAAAGGACCUCUAUCACUGGGACAAUCAAAAGAUAGCACUCUUCCCUGAGAAUGACAGCGAAGGAAUUUUCAGUGGAAGUGCAAUCGUCGAUGUAAACAACACAUCCGGUUUCUUCCCUAGCCAAACCAACGGUGUAGUUGCAAUCUACACUCUCAACACUCCCGAGUCAGAAACUCAAAACAUCGCUUACUCCUUCGAUGGCGGUUACACCUUUGAGAAGUAUGCCGAAAAUCCCGUUAUCCCAUCUACCUCUACCCAAUUUCGUGACCCUCAGGUCACAUGGUUCGAAGAUCAUUGGGUCAUGGUAGUCGCCUAUUCCCGCGCCUUUGAGAUCGGUAUCUUCACCUCUCCUGAUCUUAAAGAAUGGACUGCCACCUCCAACUUCAGUCAUCACGGUCUCCUUGGUCUGCAAUACGAAUGUCCAAAUCUGAUCCCCAUCCCCGUCGCUGACGGUAAUGGUGAUGAAAACUUGUAUCUCCUAAUUAUCUCCAUCAACCCUGGUGCUCCUCUUGGUGGUUCUACCACUCAGUACUUCCCUGGUACAUUCAACGGAACCCAUUUCACCCCACUCGAUUCCGCAGCCCGCCUCUCAGACUUCGCAAAAGAUAACUACGCCGGUCAAUUCUUUAACGGGAUUCCUGCAGACGAAGACCCAGUUUUCUUGGCUUGGGCUAGCAACUGGGAAUACGGACAACAAGUACCCACCGGAGACCUCGAGGGAUGGCGCAGUUCCAUGACCCUACCCCGCCGUACCCAUCUCGCCAACGUAACCCGCACAGGCUGGGCCCUCAUUUCCUACCCCUACGACAUGACUCCUCUCUACAACGAGAGCGCACCACUCGCCUCCAACGACAACCUCGGAAACGGUAGUCUCAUCGCCGACUACUCCUCCGUCUCCAGCGGCGCCAUCUACAUCUCCUGCAAGGUCCACAGCAUGCCCAACAACACCCUCGCCCAAGGAACCCUCAACUUCACCUUCUCCUCCUCCACCACCCGUGAAUCCGUCUCCGGCGGCAUUUUCCUCGGCGGUGAUGCACCCGUCUGGCUCUCCCGCCGCAACUUCAAUGGAUUUGCCGAAACAAACCCCUUCUUCACCGAUCGUUUCUCCGUCGGAAACACCAUCAACGAUCAAGGAACCUUCCAAUUCGACAUCGUGAUCGAUCGAUCCAUCCUCGAGGUCUUCGUCGAUGGCGGCCGAAGCAGUGGAACCAUUACCUUUUUCCCCGAGGGCAUUUUAGAUACCGUGGAAGUGAGAGCUGGAGAUCUUAAUGUGGGUGUCACGGUUGAUGCUAAGAUUUAUGGUUUGGAUGGUGCGUGGAGUGAUAUGGCUAGUCCUGAUGGUAUCGUUUAUGGUAAUGUGACGACGACGACGACGACCUACUAAUUAAUUGUCUGGAGAUUUUAAUGAUGUAAUGGUUUUGAAUGUUAUAAAGACUUGUAUGAUUAGGAUGGAUAAUACUUUUUUCAUGAAUCAAUGUUGAAUAAAUAGAAU